AUGACAGCACUUUUUAACUCAACAUUAUUAUUAGCACUUAUAACCCUCACCAUACCACUUAACCCUCACAUACCACUUAUAAAUUUACCAUUAAGCAUAAAACCAAAAACCGCCGUAAAAAUAGCAUUCUUCAUCACCAUAAUUCCACUAAUCAUAUUUAUCUCCUCUAACACCGAAUCUAUUAUUACUAACUGAUCUUGAACAAUAACCUCAACAUUCACAAUAUCAAUGAGCUUAAAAUUCGACCAAUACUCCAUCAUAUUCAUCCCAGUAGCCCUUUAUGUAACCUGAUCCAUCCUAGAGUUCACCCACUGAUAUAUAACAACAGACCCAUAUAUUACAAAAUUCUUUAAAUAUCUAUUAAUCUUCCUAAUCGCCAUAAUAACAUUAGUUACUGCCAACAAUAUAUUCCAAUUCUUUAUUGGAUGAGAAGGCGUUGGAAUUAUAUCUUUCAUAUUAAUCGGUUGAUGACAUAGCCGACUAGAAGCCUGCUCAUCAGCCUUACAAGCCAUUAUCUAUAACCGCGCAGGCGACAUCGGAUUAAUCCUCACCAUAGCUUGAAUAGCAACAAACCUCAACUCAUGAGAACUUCAACAAAUCUUCUCCCACACUAACCCAAUCCCAUUACUUCCACUGUUAAGCCUUACCCUAGCAGCAACUGGAAAAUCAGCCCAAUUUGGACUUCACCCAUGACUACCAGCAGCAAUAGAAGGCCCCACCCCAGUCUCAGCCCUACUCCACUCCAGCACUAUAGUUGUAGCAGGUAUUUUCCUACUUAUCCGAACCCACCCAAUACUUUCAACAAACAACACAGCCCUUACAACCUGCCUUUGCCUUGGUGCUUUAACUACCCUAUUUACAGCAAUUUGUGCCACCACCCAAAAUGAUAUUAAAAAAAUCAUUGCCUUCUCUACAUCCAGCCAACUAGGCUUAAUAAUAGUAACCAUUGGCCUUAAUCAACCUCACUUAGCCUUCCUCCACAUCACUAUACAUGCCUUCUUCAAAGCAAUAUUAUUCCUAUGUUCUGGCUUAAUCAUUCACAGCCUAAAUAAUGAACAAGACAUUCGAAAAAUAGGAGGACUACAUAAACCCCUCCCAAUUACCUCCUCAUGCCUAACUAUUGGAAACCUAGCCUUAUCAGGAUUCCCAUUCCUAACAGGAUUUUACUCCAAAGACAUCAUCAUCGAAACCAUAAACACAUCCCACAUAAACGCCUGAGCCCUUCUCCUAACAUUAGCUGCAACCUCACUCACAGCAGCCUAUAGCCUACGAAUCACAAUUCUUGUUCAAAUAGGACAACCACGAUUUCAGCCCAUACUUCCAAUUAAUGAAAAUUAUUACACAGCAACUAGCCCUAUCAUUCGAUUAGCAGCAGGAAGCAUUAUUGCCGGCUUACUAAUCUCGCUAAACACAACCCCAAUGAAAACACCACAAAUAACCAUACCCCACCAUAUAAAACUAUCAGCAUUAAUCAUAACAAUCAUAGGCUUAACCCUAGCCCUUGAACUAAUCACAAUAACCAACAAAAGCACAAAACCAUCAAAAAUCCACACCUUUUCAAAUUUAUUAAUAUACUUCAACACCUUAAUCCACCGUUCACUUACCCUCCUUAACCUAAAAUUUAGCCAAAACACUGCAACACACCUAACCGACCUAAUUUGAUACGAAAACAUCGGCCCAAAAUGAAUAACAAAAUCACAAACAAAUCCUAUCACAACGAUAUCAUCACAAAAAGGACUAAUCAAAAUCUACCUUACCUCAUUCCUACUAUCGAUCACCAUACUCCUUCUUACCUAA